GUAAAUUAGGAGAAGAGAUAAUCCUCUCCUUAUCUGUUCUCCUCAAUCAUGGAUGAACAAAAACCAGAGCUAGAGAAAAAACUUCAUGUAGUUGUAUUUCCAUGGCUGGCAAUUGGCCAUCUAAUACCAUUUUUCCAUCUCUCAGUAUCUUUAGCGAAAAAAGGUAUUCAAAUCUCUUUUGUUUCGACUCCAAAAAAUCUCCAAAAACUCCCAAAAAUCCCACAAAAUUUAUCUUCACUAAUAACUUUAGUUUCUCUUCCAUUAAACCAUGAUCAGAACUUACCAGAAUCAGCUGAAUCUUCAAACGAUAUACCAAUUGAGAAAACCCAGUAUCUCAAAAAAGCUUUCGACGGAUUAGAAUUACCACUUACUAAUUAUCUUAUCAAUUCUAAACCAGAUUAUAUUAUCCAUGAUUAUGCUUCUUAUUGGGUACCGAAAAUUUCAGAAAACCUGGGAAUUCCUUGUGUAUUUUUUGCGGUUUUUACGGGUUCGUUCAUGGGCUUUAUUGGCCCGCCGGAAGUGUUGUUGGAUGAAGAGAGAGAUCGAAAUCUGAAACCGGAGGAUUUCACUACUACUCCGAAAUGGAUCACUUUUCAGACUAAUAUUGUGUAUCGGACUCAUGAAUUGUUAGAGUACUUCAAGGGCGCUCCACCACAGGAUGAUCAAACUCACGAUGGUGAUGAUCUUGAAAGUGAUGGAUAUAAAGCUGUUCCGGAUACACGUCGGUUUGGGAUGGUAAUUCGGGACAGUAAUUUUAUUGCGAUAAGAAGUUCACCUGAGUUUGAAUCGGACUGGUUGAGUCUACUCAACCAGCUUUAUAAAAAACCAGUGAUUCCGUUAGGAUUUCUAACACCACCACUAGUUGAAGAUCAAGAGGAAAGCAACAAUUGGGUGGAAAUUAAAACCUGGCUAGACAGGCAAAAACAAGGGUCAGUGAUUUAUGUUGCUUUAGGAACAGAAGCGGUACUGAGUCAAGAACAAGUGAACGAGUUAGCCAUUGGUUUGGAAUCGACCGGGUUACCUUUCUUUUGGGUGCUAAGGAAACCACUCAAUAACUCGGAACAAUCCUUACCAUUAGGAUUUGAAGAUCGAAUGAGUGGACGCGGUUUGGUUUAUAUGAAGUGGGCGCCCCAAGUGAAAAUACUGGGUCAUCCGAGUAUCGGCGGGUUCUUGACUCACUGCGGUUAUAACUCCGUUAUAGAAGGUCUAGCUUUUGGAAGAGUUCUAGUUUUGUUACCAAUGCUAAAUGAUCAAGGUUUGAAUUCUAGAUUGCUGGAUGGGAAAAAGGUUGGAAUAGAAGUACAUAGGAACGAACGAGACGGAUCGUUUUCUAGUGAGUCAGUAGCCGAGGCGGUUAAAAUCUCCAUGGCAGGAGAUGAAGGGCAAGUUCUCAGAAACAAUGCCAAAGAGAUGAUAGAGAUAUUUGGGAAUGAGAAGCUGAAUGUUUCAUAUGUAAAUGAUUUUGUUCAGUUCCUUCAAAAAACAUAAGAAUUAGGCAAUGCACUGCACUGGUUUCUUCUGUUCUCUAAUAAGA